CAGAUGAAUAAACUGAAUUCAUUUAAGUCUUUGGCUAAUUGCAUUGACUAUACCCCAAAACUGAUAGCCACGUGAUACUACUACUAUAUGCUUGGUAGGUAUCUAUCUACUUUUUGGGAAGGCACCAACCUUGCAGUCCCGUCUUUCCUUUCCUCUGGUCAACAUCCCAACAUUCGACUUUAUCCUGCUUUUCAUGUGGCAUCAGCUAUUAGAACCUAACUUCAACUGUACACCAAGCACGAAUCCGCUCCCGUGUCAGAACUCCCUCCUGUGAUUAGAAUCAAUGGCACCGAGGAAGAAGAAAGGCGAAAAGGAGUCGGGAGAGAAUGGUAUGUUCUGUCACUCUGUCAGAGCCUUUUGCAGUAUGCAUUGGGGUGUCUAAUUAACAUGAUAAAAAGGCCCGACACUUAUUCUGGAAUAUCUGAGUGAGUCUGUCUUCCUUGGGAUCUAAGGCGAUAUUGAUACUCAUAUCUGAGAUGUUUAUGUGUAGAGAAACAAAAGUACGUUCAUACCCCAGACGAGGAUUCAAGGAAAACGAGACGGAACUUGACAUGGCUUUCAUGGUGGAUAUGUAGUCGUCCUUAUUCCGUGGGUAUACCUGCCUUGAUACAUUCGGGGCGGAAUGUUGAUGUAUUUGGUUGAUAUCAGGCUCUUGAUAUUUCGACCAAUCUUCAUGGAAAAGUUACCAAAUGUGGGUGUCUUCCAUAAUACUACUGAGGGUGAGAAGCUUAAAUAUGCCCUAGCAUAUGCGGUGAAAGCUCUGAAAGAAAUGCAUGAACGAAAGGAGAUCGAGGGACGGGCUGCAGGUUUGAUCACCUUCUUUUUUCUUGAUGGAACAUGGCUGACGUCUCGAUAGGCAAACAAAUCGUCUACCAUGCCAUCCAGCAAAUUGAAUCAGACGACGCAACCGGUACUGACGGUCCUGAUCCCGACCAAAACAACAAGGAUCUCGAAGAAAAAAUAUCCAUCCUCAAAAUCCGUGAAAAGGACCUUCGCGAGAAAUUAGCUACCCUCAACGCGGUCAUACCCAUCUCCGUGCUCAAAGAUCAAAUCAGCAAUCUGGAGGAAAAAAAGACAUUACUCAUUUCUCAGAUAUCGACCCUGUCAGCGGAAAUGGAAGAGUCGAACAGCUGUGUCUGCAAGGAGGAUUUUGAUCAAAUUGAUCAGGAAUGGCGCAAAUGGCAUGGUCAGGUCACAUCUCGUAAGAGGAUUUUUCUCGAGUUCUGGUCUAGCUGUACGGAGGUGUUGCCGCCGGAUAUGACUCCGGAGGAUCUCAAGGAGACACUCGGUAUUGAAGGGUCUUUCUAGAUGCGAAUUCUGCAG